ACAGCCUGUGACUAAAUGAGUGCGUGUGCGUGUGUGUGUGUUUACCCCCUCUGAGCUCUCAAGUGUGGCCGGGCUCCUCCAACCAACCACAAUUCUGACAUUUAACUCCGGAAACACAAAUGUAACCAGCGCUGCGUUUCAUCCUAAAGUGAGACUGAACGGCGAGGCGUUUGAUCAGCUGUCGUGCAGCGGUUGAAACUGGCCACAAUGUCAAGGGUGGUGAAAAAGAGGCAAGCGGACCCCAAGGUGGUUCAGUAUGUCUGGUCAGCCAUCGAAGUCAUCCGCAAUCAGAAACAAAUCGCAAACAUGGAUAGAAUCUCAAAAUAUUUAAGUCGUAUGUAUGGGAUGCACCCUAAAGACACGGCCAGGCAGCUAGUUCUGGCUGUGAAAGACGGUCUGGUGGUGGAGACGCUCACAGUGGGCUGCAAAGGCUCCAAGGCCGGGAUCGAACAGGAGGGAUACUGGCUUCCAGGAGAUGAGAUGGAGCAGAUGUCAGAGGGAAGCAAGCCCUCUCUGCCUUCUGAAGCUCUUAUCCAAGAUGACUGGGAAGCAGAAACUCAUGACUGGUACUGCUUUGAGUGUCACCUUCCUGGAGACGUGCUGGAGUGUGACGGCUGUUUCCGUGUCUACCACCUCCGAUGUGUGUCUGAAGACCAGAGGCCACGGGACACAACCUCCCACUGGCAGUGCGGCAUCUGCAGGGGCAGUAAAAGGAAGAAUUUGAGCAAACAGGAAAUGACAACAUGCCUCAAGUUCAUUCUUGGACGUAUGAAGGAAAGGGCUGUGGACCUGCACAAGAGAGGCAAGGAGUCAAAGCAACCCAUAUACAGAAGACUGAUUCACACACCUCUGGAUGUGGAUAACGUACAAGAGAACAUCUCAGAGGGGAAAUACAAAAGCUUUGAGGAGUUCAGGGCUGACGCUCAGCUUAUUGUUCACAACACAGCCAUUCUUCACGGAGUCAACAGCGAUCAGACCGAAAUUGCAAGACUUCUCUACAACGACACAUGCCACGAGCUGAACGAGUUAAUGUUGUGCAGACACUGCUUCUAUCUCUCUAAUGCACGACCCGACAACUGGUUCUGUUACCCAUGUAGUCCGACUCAUGAGCUGGUGUGGGCCAGGAUGAAGGGCUUUGGUUACUGGCCAGCCAAGGUGAUGCAGAGAGAGGGCAACCAGGUGGAUGUUCGGUUCUUUGGUCACCAGCACCAAAGGGCAUGGAUUCCUUCUGACAACAUCCAGGAGAUCACAGUCAACGUGCAGCAGCUGCAGGUGAAGCGCAGCUCGGGGUGGAAGAAGGCAUGUGAUGAGCUGGAGCUCCAUCAGCGGUUCCUGAGGGAGGGCCGUACCUGGAAGGGGAAGCUGGAAGAGAAGCAUGACAGGUCGGACAGGCAUGAAAGACAGGAAGAGAGACAAGAAGAGGCAGAGUCAAGCAUCUCCUCCACAUCCAAUGAGCAGUCGAAAGGCAACCAAGAGCCCAAAGCUAAGAAGAGCCGCCGUUCCCAAGUCGCCGAGCCCAAAGAAGAGGAACCGGAGCCUGAGAUGGAGGCUGUCAGCUCAAGCCAGGAGAUCCCAACAGCUGUUCCACAUCAACCAGAACGUACGUCCGUCUCCACCCAGACCAAAAAGUCUGGCUCGUCUUUGUCCUCUUCCUCACCAGCUCCUCGCAUGGUACACCGAGGCACUCAGACGCUCAACGAAGGCAGCUGCCAAAACAUGUGCCACGACAAAUACACCAAGAUCUUUAACGACGUUAAAGAAAUGAUGAAAGCGGAGAACAAGCGGGAAACCGAACGCGUCCUGAAAGAGGCUCUGGAUAAGUUGCGGGCAGAGAUGGAGGAAGAGAAAAGGCAGGCGGUGAACAAAGCAGUGUCCAGCACGCAGGCCGAGAUGGACAGAAAGUGCAAACAGGUGAAGGAGAAAUGCAAAGAGGAGCUCAUGGAGGAGAUGAAGAAGAUGGUAGCUCAGCACAAACAACUUAUUUCCCAGACCAAGAAGAAGCAGUGGUGUUACAACUGUGAAGAAGAGGCGAUGUACCACUGCUGCUGGAACACGUCGUACUGCUCCAUUAAAUGCCAGCAGGAGCACUGGCACGCCGAUCACAAACGUACCUGCCGCCGGAAGAGAUGAGCUGCAGCUGGCCACGCCCCUCCUCUCGACUCCACCCAUCCACGAGCAACGCUAUUGGAUAGAUUUUAGCACUCACCACCCUCCCCCUGCCCAUGGAUUCUUGAUUUUUAGCCAGCAUUUUAAACCCCAGCUCGUAGGACACUUUUACCAGAACAUUUUACUGAGGUGCGGUGAAUGCUAACAGGGCAGCCAGCGCGGAAUUUCACAAUCCUCGUCAAGAUGGUUGUAUGUUUGGAUUAUAACAGUAUCUCAUUGCAUUUUCCUUUUUGUUUUUACCCUUUUAUUUGCUGUAUGACGGAAAUCAGCCUUGCUUGCAUACAGACUAGUUGAAAUGUGAAGUACUAGUAAUCUUUUUGAACAACUUAAUCUGAAGCUAUGUAGAUAUUUGACUUUUUUAUAAAAGCGAAUCAUGUCAGCCUCCUGCAUUGAGUGAAGUUGGUGCUUUUAAACUUGACGGUUGGUUUUUAUCCGUGGUUGUGAUGUUUCUUUUUUUGGGAACAGGGUUUAAAGAUGGCAGGUCAUGUCUGUCUGAACGAUACAAUCUUCCUUUAAUGAAUAUGCACAUUUCAUGGUUACACUUUUAAAUAGACCUUUUAAUUUUUAACGAAAAGACUAAAUUAGGUGCUGAUUUUGGGGUCCAUUUCUGUAGCUUAAGUGUACUAAAUCUUUGCUGAGUAGGAUCUUUAAAAAGGUUUGUUAGUGUGGAUGAACUAUUCCCAGUGCUCAGAAAAAACCCCUGAUGAUUUCAUCAUUAUGUCAAGAUCCCAUUAAAUAGCAAAAUUUAAUCAGACUUUUAAGAUUGUACAGAGAUCAGUGUAAAUUAAACAAUCAGAAAUUAUAGCUAUAGGGUUUUAUCAUUAAGAAUGACCCUUCGUGGCACUUUUUGACCUAAGAGAGAAGUUAAAAGGAUAGUUUACAUAAAAAUUACAAUUCUGCCAUCAUACCCUCAAAUUGUUAAUACCUGUAUGGCUUUCUGAAAUGCUGCUCAAUGAAAUUAAAUGGCUGUACUUGGUCCCCAUCCACUUUCAGUGUAAAGAAAUGAGUAGCUUGGACACUCGGCUAAACGUCUCCUUUUGUGUUUUUUGUAAGAACAUCAGUCAAACGGGUUUGGAAUGACAUGAGGGUGAAUGAAUGACAAAAUUAGAAUUUUUAGGUGAAUUAUUAUUCCUUUAUUGCAAUACAUUUCUAAGAAAGAUCUAUCUUUAGAGAGUUUUGACUAUGUCGACCGGGAGAACCAAUCAGCUGAAGGAUGUAGGGGAACGUGAGGUCCUUUUCUAAUGUUUUUGCACAGAUUCAUAUCUGUGUGAACCUGUGUUCUGUUUCUCUCUGAAUUACUGGAUGCGUCUUAAAUCACGUCUGCUACAUUCAGGUUUCUGUCCUGCCCUAUUUCUCUUUCUCUCUCGCUCCCUUCCCAACCUCACUGUUGCACUACAUGUAAAUAACUGUUUGCAGCUAACCGUGACUGAUAACGUUUGCACGUUAGCAUAUGUACAUUUCAUGAACACAUUAACUAUGUAUUUGAUAAAGUCAAUCUGUAAAAGAAAAAAAAAUUGUGAUAUAACGGUAAUAUGUUCCAUUCCAGUCUGCAUGAAUCCAGGUUGUGUGUACCUUACUUUGGGCUCUACAUUAAUCUACGUUCUUGCGUGUCAUCGGUGAUGCAGUAUGUCUCCUUUUUGGUUUUCUAGGGUAAUUUGACACCACUUUGUAAUUUCAAGUAACCCUUUUUUUUAAAUUUCUUUUUUAACUUAUAUUUAUGCGGACAGAGUAAUGACUACUGAGAAUUUCUGACACCCAGCGAGAAGUCUGCUAUACAAACACCUGUCUUUCAUGUGCAUACAAAUUAAAAUGUGGUGUAGACGUUUUCCCCUUUCUUGCAUUACAUUAUGUAACAGUACUAUGUAUAAAUAAAACAUAUCAACCGGU